UCUCAUAUUCUGCAACAACACAAUGAAGAAGAAGUUUUAAGAUUCAAAUCCAUACAAAUCCCUUACUCGUUUAUCGUUUGACCUGAAUUGCUCCAUCUUUACCAGUUUGAAUCCCAUCAGAGGCAGAAUCUGUGUUUGGUCUUCUUGAUUCUCCUCUUGAAGACUUUAAUGCAGAACAUCCUCUGUGCCUGGACUCUGCAUUCUCUGUCUGAACUUCUGUUUUGUGAAGUGUUCCUGGUUUCUGUGUGUCCCAGUUGGUUUAUAUGAUUCAUAGGCUUCAUUUUGAAUUUUCCCGAGUUGGGUUUGCCCUAGAUUUGAAUAUUUGUUUCUAGUUUUCAGUCUGAGUGCUAAGAAUUCGUGCGAGGGGUUUCUUGUGUUGUUUAAGGUGAUAUCAGUUGCAGAAUUGAUUGUUUUGGUCAAUUGAGAUUGUGUUUUGGUGGUGGAGUUGAAUUGUACAAAUGGGUUUCGCUUCUAAGGGCGAGCAACUGGAUAGUCCUGGCAAGAUACCAUCGGCUAUGGAGGUGGUUGAUGAAUUGAAAAAGCUCGGUAGCAUCACAUUCCCUGUAGCAGCCAUGAACUGUGUUGUAUAUGUUAGAGCAAUGGUGUCUGUUCUAUGUUUGGGCAGGCUUGGAAGUCUGGAAUUGGCUGGAGGAGCUCUUUCAAUUGGGUUCACCAACAUCACAGGCUACUCCAUUCUUUUUGGGUUAGCAUCAGGGAUGGAGCCUGUGUGCAGUCAAGCAUUCGGGUCCAAGAACUGGCCGCUCAUAGGCCUCUCCCUGCAGAGGACAAUACUUAUCCUGCUCACUGCUUGUGGGCCAAUUAGCUUGUUAUGGAUGAACCUGCAAAGUAUCAUGCUGGGGUUGGGGCAAGAUGCAAAUAUAACAGCAGUGGCCAGUACUUAUUGCCUCUACUCUCUCCCGGACCUUCUCACAAACAGCCUGUUACAGCCAUUGAGGGUGUACCUGCGUUCUCAGGGCAUUACAACACCCAUGAUGUGGUGUUCUGCAUUGGCAGUAGUCCUUCAUGUGCCGUUAAAUGUGAUUCUUGUCUUUGUGCUGGAUUUGGGUGUGCCCGGGGUGGCCAUUGCAGCAGUACUAACCAACGUUAAUAUGGUUGUUUUCUUGCUUGGGUAUCUGUACUUUUCUGGGGUUCACAAGAUAACAUGGACUGGAUGGUCCACUGCAGCAUGCAGAGAAUGGUGGCCACUUCUCUCUCUGGCUCUGCCCAGUUGUUUUGCCAUCUGUCUAGAAUGGUGGUGGUAUGAGAUAAUGACACUCUUGGCAGGGUAUUUGCCUGAUCCACAAGUAGCAGUGGCCACAACUUCAAUCCUCAUCCAGACUACCAGCCUCAUGUACACUGUUCCAAUGGCUCUGAGCUCCUCUGUAUCCACUAGAGUGGGCAAUGAGCUGGGUGCAUGCAGGCCUGAAAGGGCACGGCUUGCCACUCUAGUAGCCCUUGGAUGUGCACUUGUAAUAGGCCUGAUCAAUGUGACAUGGACUGCUUUGUUCAAGGACAAAUGGGCUAAUGUGUUCACAGAGGAUGAGGGUGUUCUGGCCUUAACAGCAGCUGUUAUGCCCAUCAUGGGCCUUUGUGAGCUGGGGAAUUGCCCUCAAACAACAGGUUGUGGGGUGUUGAGGGGCAGUGCAAGGCCUGCCAUUGGUGUUAGAAUCAAUCUUGGUUCAUUUUACUUCCUUGGCACCCCUGUAGCAGUUGCUCUGGCUUUCUGGCUUAAGGUUGGUUUUGGUGGCUUAUGGUAUGGCCUACUAGUUGCCCAAAUUGCCUGUGCUCUCUCAAUAGUGUUUGUUGUUCUAAAGACAGACUGGGAGUUCGAGGCUGCAAGGGCGCAGCAGCUUACUGGAGGCUCAGUAGACCCCGAAUUAGAAAUGUCAAGAAGCAAAAUUCUUGAUGUAGAUGAAGAAAAGGGUCUCUUCUGAAAAGACCAUAUAUACAUAUAGUAAACUUUAAGAUACUUAAAAAUACUAAGAACAUAUUUUCUCAGUGCAAAACUUUUGUCAAGCUCUUCAAAUUUUGUCAGAAUGAAGGCACUCGUAAUAAUUUUUCGGCUGCCUGUGAAAUCAUGCGUGCCUGAUUCGCCUGCUGAUAAUUUGUUGUUGUUUGCAUGAAAUUGUUUUUUUGUACCCUCAAAAGGAAGUCAGUUCAUUUCAAAUCUUCUUUUGUUCA